CAAACACUCCCUAAUUUCAAUCAUAAUUUCAUCCUCACACUCAGAAAGGGUUUAGGGUUCAACCAAUAAUCCUAAUUUCAUGGUCACCGUUACAAACAGUUUAGGGUUCAUCAAAUAGCUCCUCAUCAACUAGCCGUCGCAGUUGUCGAUUGUUGUUGCCGUUGCCGGUCGACGCCGCCUCACUAUUGGUUCUCGUCCUUUUUUGUAGUAUUCUCAGGUUCUUUUACCCUACUUUUAUUCUUGUGGCUGCUUGGCUCUAAUGCCAUGUCGCAAGAGCACUACAGUUCACAUGUCCCUCCCAUUUCCACAAAUAGUUGAUGCUUUGAUCGACGGUCUGGUUUAGAGGUGAAAUUUGAAUUUGUUACUUCAUCAUGAAUUCAUCAGAAGCAGAGUUUGCAGCAUUUCAUGAGAGGGUGAGUCGGACAGUUUACAUGGACAAUCUUUCACCUCGGGUCACUGAAGUUGUCUUGAGAACUGCACUCAAUCAGUUUGGAAAUGUCAAGCAAGUUCAUUUCAUCCCGAACUACACACACCCAGGCAAUGUAGUGCAUUGUGCCUUGGUGGAGAUGGAGAAUUCAAAGCAGGUUAAGCAAAUUGUGUUGGGGAUGGCUAAUUUGCCAUUCAUGAUGUCAGGGAUGCCAAGACCUGUCCGAGCACGUGCUGCUGAAGCGAAGAUGUUUGAUGAUCGUCCAAGAAAACGUGGGAGAAAGAUUACUUUCCGGUGGUUGGACCAGCAGGACCCUGAUUUCCAGGUUGCCAAGAAGCUCAAGGAUCUGGCAAGGAAACAUGCUGCUGAAGCUUCAUUCAUGCUUAAGCGACAACUGGCUAUAGAAGAGAAGAUUGCAAACCAACAAUCAGAAACCCUGAAGGCAAAUUACAAGAAAUAUGAGCUGAUAGAUGGCGUCAUCCGUGAUGGAACUGCUUUCCACUUGGCACAAUGUUAUAACACCAGAAUCUUUGAGGAUUAAUAGGAUUCACGGUAAGCUUUUACUGUCUAUAGGUACUAGUCAAGAAGUAACAUGUUUGUACAGAAGUGAGAUGGACUGUAGACUCUUGCAACUUGGGUAACUAUGUCUCUUCAUUUUGAUCAUCAAUUUGGACGAUCAGAGUGAAUCUUUUGUGGUGAAUCUGUAUGUUGUUACCGUAAGAUUGAAGAGGCAAGGGUUGAAAAGAAGCUUUGAAGAUGGC